AAAGGAAGUUCUUUAGCGGUUCUCAAGAGUUUGAGUGAAGAUUUGGUUAAAGAGAAGUACGAAAACACAUUCAAUGUUCCGAAUGGUGUUAUUGUGACCACAAAUGCAUACAAAAGACUUCUUAACGAUAAUAAAGAUUUGGUUAAAAGUAUUGAAGACUUGAAAAAGUCGACUGAAUUGUCGACAAAGGAAUUGAAGACUAAAUGCGAGAAUUUAAUGGAUUUGAUAUCAAGUCGUGAAUUACCUGAAGAUAUAAAACGCGAAAUAAAAGUGAAAUUAAGUGAGAAUUUCAGUGAUUAUGAGAAAAGAUUAUUUGCCGUCAGAUCUUCGGGCGCUUCGGAGGACUCGGAGGAGAUGUCAGCCGCCGGACAAAUGACUACAUAUUUAGGAGUCAAAGGUUUAGAUGAGAUUUACUCAUCAGUGAUGAAGUGCUGGUCUUCACAGUUCUCUCACAUCGCAUACGAGUAUAAGAGAGGUUACGGACAGACCAUUAAUACCCCGAUGGCUGUUGUGAUCCAAGAGAUGAUUGGCUGCGAA